AUGUCGUCACAAGACGCGGACUCCCAAGAUGACCGUGGGGAGGAAGUGCCGGGGGUCCAUGCCGCGCCCCCGUCCGUUCCAGGCUUCAUCGACUCCCUCCGCCUGCCACUCCAGGAGUCCCUGCUGCCGUAUACCUCCAUCCGCCGUGUCUCUCACCGGGCCAGCCCGCCGCUGGUGCCAAGGCGCAGUGUACGAAUUGCCGCGCUCUCGCAUCGUAGGGAUCCCAAGCCAGAAAUCCAAGCAAAAAAGGUGUUACUUAAGAAGCGGCGGCCUGCGGCUGAACCGCCAUCGCCGGACAUGCCGGACAACUCCUACAAUGAGGAAUUUCACAAGGAGUUUGUGUUAUGCUUGUCGGAGACCAAGAUCGAUGUAUUCUCUGACUCCAUGAUCAAUGAACUUCUAGGCCCGGGUUUCGACUACUUUUGCUUGCCUUCGGUGGGAGCUUCUGGCGGUGUUCUGGUUGGGUGGCUCCGUGACCGAUGGACGGGUUCACGCGCGAGCGUUGGAGCCUUCUCGGUCACAAUACUCUUGUCGCCCGCUGCCGCCGUGGAUGGAGAUCCUGUUUGGGUGACGGCUGUGUACGGGCCUACAGACCAUGCGCUCAAAGAGUCCUUUUUGAGAGAGCUUGAGGGCCUUGCCGCUUCAACAACGGGGGCUUGGCUAAUUUGCGGCGACUUCAAUCUCAUUUACCAAGCGCAAGAUAAAAAUAAUGACAGGCUUGAUCGCAGAAUGAUGCAGCGCUUCCGUCGGACCAUUGACACGUUACAGCUUGCUGAGCUGCACCUACAUGGGCGCCUGUUCACUUGGAGCAACGAGUGUGGCCAGCCAACCAUGGAACGCAUUGAUCGGGUUUUCGCGACCGUGGCGUGGCUGGAGCUCUACCCGUUCCAUGCCUUGCACUGCCGUUCUACGGAUUGUUCGGACCACGCACCCCUGCUGCUCACGUUAUCUACGGAUCCAUGGGCGCGGCCAAGGUUCCGGUUCGAGUCUUUUUGGCCGGUGACGGAGGGGUUCUUGGAUGUCGUGGCUGCUACUUGGGCAGGCACGCUGUUUGUGGACGCGUGCAGGACGUUGGACGUCAAGUUGCGUGCUGUAGCGAAGGCCUUGCAGAGUUGGAGCGCCACGCGGAUCGGAAGUGUCCGGUUUCAGCUUGCUGUUGCUAGAGCCGUCAUCUUUGAGCUAGAUGUGGCGCAGGAAUCCAGACUGCUGUCGCCUGAAGAGCGCGCCUGCCACCGAAGGCGCAAGUGCCAUAUCCCGGCGUUCAUCCACGAGGGGCGCUCGUUCGUCAGUGACGGGGAUAAGGCAGAGGCGGCCUUCAGUCUCAUCCACAGCUUCGGUAAAUUGGUGUCCAAGGGCCUUGCGAUGCGUCUGGCACCGUUUAUGCAGGAGCUGGUCGGGCCGAAUCAGACGGCGUUCAUCAAAGGACGGAGGAUACAUGACAACUUCCGUUCUGUUCAGCUGUACACCAACGCGCGGGGUCAUGCUUGCAUCCUGCUCAAGAUUGACAUCGCCAAGGCGUUCGAUACGGUGGCGUGGCCCUUCCUUCUGGAGGUGUUACAGCAUAUGGGGUUCCCGCUAGCCUGGCGUGAUUGGGUUGCCAACUUGCUGUCCUCGGCUAGUACCCGGGUGUUGAUCAACGGUCGCCUUGGCCGCCGUAUUUGCCAUGCCCGAGGACUGCGGCAGGGCGAUCCGUUGUCACCGUUCCUUUUCGUCAUCGUGAUGGAAGUGCUCAAUGCAAUGGUGGCAGAAGCGGAUAGGGUCGGCGUGCUCUCACCACUACCUGGCGAACAUCUUGGCCACCAGGUCUCCUUGUACGCCGACGAUCUGGUGCUCUUCGUUCGCCCGCGGACGGAGGACUUUACUUGCAUCCGUUCCAUCUUGGAACUGUUCGCCGGCGCCUCUGGCCUUGUCACCAACCUGGACAAGUGCUUGAUCUCGCCGAUCAGGCUGCGCCGGGCGGACGAGCAGAGGAUGGUGGACGCGGUCGCGAGCAGGAUCCCGACUUGGAAGGGGAGUAUGUUGAACGCGGCUGGGAGGUCGACCUUGGCGCGCGCCCCCCUCUCGGUUAUUCCCGUCCAUGUUUCCAUCACUUGCUGCCUGUCGACUUGGGCGAUCAAGCAAAUUGAUAAGCGACGUCGGGCCUUCAUUUGGAGCGGGGGUGAGGUGGUCACUGGGGGGAAGUGCAAGAUUGCCUGGCCGAUCGUGUGCUCCCCGACGAGCUAUGGAGGCCUGGGGUUGCCUGACAUCAGGAUUAUGGGGUUAGUGUUGAGGCUGCGCCGCUUGCCUGGCGCACCUACUUGGACGAGGCUUCCCUGCCCAAAAGAGAAGUUGGUUCAGGCAAUGUUCGAUGCCUCCGUCAGAGUUGUUUUGGGAGACGGGGCCUCUGCUCACUUCUGGACGGACGCCUGGCUUCCGGCUGGGAGUAUCCAGACCUUCGCACCGCAGCUCUACCAGGCGGUGGGCAGACGCCACCUUCGCACUACGGUGAAGGACGCGCUUCUUCAGCGACGUUGGGUUCGCCACAUCUCUGGGGCACGGACCACGCCUGUGCUGUACCAGUACGCACGCUUGUGGCUCAUGUUGGAAUCUGUCCAGCUUGACCUGACUGUGGCGGAUCGUUUUGUGUGGCGCUGGACGGCCGAUGGCGUCUACUCCGCGUCCACAGCUUACAGGGCGUUCUACGUGGGCAUGUCGUCCAUGCUGGGAGCUAGGGAGCUCUGGAAGGCGUCGGCGCCGCCAAGAGUGAAAUUCUUUUUCUGGUUGGCUUUGCAUCGCAGGAUUUGGAUGGCAGAGAGGAGGGCAAGGCACGGCUUGCAGGAGUCGGCAACCUGCUCGUUGUGUUUGCAGGAGGACGAGACGGUCGACCACCUGCUCCUCAGUUGCGUCUUCUCGAGGGAGGUCUGGGCACGUCUGCUACAUGUGGGCGGCUGGGGAGCUCUGGCGCCCUCGCUCAGCUCGGUCCUGUUAUGCCUAAGAACUCAUCAUCACAAUACGGUUUAA